CACAUCCACGCCCUGACCGCCCAGGGCACCAACGAGCUCCGUGUGGACCUGGUAGACUUCAAGGGCACCCGCCACUUUGCCAAGUACCAGUCGUUCAGGCUGGGGAGCAAGGAUGAGAAGUACAAGCUGGUCCUGGGUGCCUUUGCCGGGGGCAGCGCCGGUGACUCCCUGACCCAACACAACAACUCCCUGUUCACCACCAAAGACCAGGACAACGACGGGACCUCCUCCAACUACGCUGAGACUUACCAGGGCGCCUGGUGGUUCCACAGCUCCCACUGGUCCCACCUGAAUGGGCGCUAUGGUGGGGGCUCUGGGAACGGCAUCCACUGGUGGUCAGCGCAGUCGAGCUACUACAGCUACAAGGUGGCCGAGAUGAAGGUGCGGCCCGUGUAGGGCGGUCGGCGGCCUGGAGCGUCUCUGAGUGGGUCCCACGCCCCCAGCACGGGCACAGGAGGCCCCCACACAAAGUCAGAUCUCGCCCUGGCCCCGCCCCCGGCCUUCAGGGACCUUCAGCUUUGAGACCCCAACCAACUCCUGCCUUCCUCUCCCGCCUGCGAGGGUGAGGGUGACCCUGACCUCUCGCACCGCACGUGUCCUCAAUAAAGCUUCGCCUCGCUCCGCAGCACAC